AUUUUCCAUCAAAUUCCCAAUUGGAUUUCAAAUCGAUUCAUAAGUUAUCCAUCCCGCAAGUUUGUCGGAGAACACCCAAAAAAAAAAUGCAUUGCUUUCCCUGGAAGAGUGUAAUAACGAGCCCAUGCGUGUCACAUGUUCAUUCUCUGAGACAUUUUAACAAACACUUUCAAGGCGCAAAAUCGCGCACAUUUCUUCGCACUAGAUUUCACUCCGACACCCGCGUCGAUGUCGCCGCCGUAAGCACGACAACAUCAUGUUUUAAAAGCCUCAAUCCCACCCAACAGAACCAAAUUCAUCUCUACGUCGAUACCCUUCUCCAAUGGAACCAGAAAAUGAAUCUCACGGCAACGAAAGAAGCUGAUGAAGUCAUGGAGAGGCAUAUUGAAGAUUCUCUUGCGAUAUUGCCUCCUAUAAGGACUUGUUACAACUUGCAGUCCAGUGACCAAAUCAGUUUAAUUGAUGUUGGAAGUGGUGCAGGUCUUCCUGGGUUGGUUCUAGCAAUUGCUUGUCCAGAUUGGAGAGUUACUCUACUGGAGUCUCUAAAUAAGCGUUGUGUUUUCUUGGAGCACGUCGUUACUGUCACUGGGCUAUCAAAUGUUAAAAUCGUUAGGGGCAGAGCAGAGAGUUGUGGGCACGAUGUUAUGUACAGAGAGAAGUUUGAUGUGGCUAUUGCAAGAGCUGUCGCGGAGAUGAGAGUCUUAGCUGAAUAUUGUCUUCCUCUGGUUCGGAUUGGUGGAUUGUUUGUAGCUGCUAAGGGUCAUGACCCUAAGGAGGAAGUUAAAAAUGCAGAAAAUGCGGUUCGCAUGUUGGGUGGCUCCAUAUUACAAAUUAGUCCAGUGGAUUCACAUAGCCCAUAUGGACAACGAACAACUGUUGUAUGUCGCAAAGAUCAUUCCACCCCACAAAAGUAUCCCCGUGAAGCAGGUACUCCUUCUAAAUUACCCUUGUAAAAGAUGUCUCAUCACUUUCUUUUAACCUUGAUUUGUAAACAAUUUGAAAAGCAAUAUUUAUAAAACUUCCUUUGGAGUUUCAG